GGUUGCGUAAUUAAUAUUCAUGAGACAACCCCUUGUUGCUGGAAACAGGUCUUUCACAAGCGUCGACCAGAGUCUAAAACUAAACUGUUUCAUCAUGGACUUCGAUCUGAGCGAAGCUGUUGGAGAUGAUGAGGUGAAGAAGUCGGACGGCAAACAGGUGGAAGGGAUAUUUGGGCUUGGAAAGAAGGAUAAAGACAAAGGAAAGCGCAAAGACAAGAGUCAUGAUAAGGAUAAACACAAAGAACACAAAGAUAAAGAACAUAAGCACAAAGAUAAGGAACAUAAAGGCAAAGACAAGAAGAAGAAGAAGGACAAGGAACACAAGAAGAAGAGCGGUGGCAAGUCCUCGUCUUCCUCCAGCGAUUCGCAUCAUGUCUGGGCUGAGGACAGACUGUGAUCAUUAAUGAAGGCAGCAGGGUUGGGCUUCAGAAACGCUGUGAUAGUGGCGUCUCGUAAAACCGCUUGACCUCCAGGUGUGGUCCAUCUGAGACAUGAUUCUUCAGGGGCUCCUGGAAACUUAAGCUGUGAUUCAUUCCCGUCCCACACAGCAAACCAGCAGCUAGACGUCACUUAUCACACAGAUAUCACACAUUUGGAGACACACCUGCUGAGGAAUUUCCAAGAAAAUUUUAUUUAGACACAGAGGGAUAGGAUCUCUGUGGAAACACACUCAACAAUACACUUGAGCUCUGUUUUAAGCAAAACAAUAACCUGUUUAAUGAGUAUAGAUAAGGACAGUGAGGGGAAAGCCACUGUAACACACCCACUUCUAUAU